AUGCCAUGUGAGGUUCGGAUGACAGUGGAAUUUAAGAUGAGUGAAAUGAUCGAUCUUGAGUCAGAUGACUGUGCAUCUAUAUACAUCCUUAAUGUAGACCAACCAUCAUCCUCUGUAAAUCAGCCAAUUUGUAUUCCUCGCCAUGGAUUGCAGUCUCACUCCUCUCCUCUGUCACCACCUACAAGACUUCAGAGUCAUAAGAACUAUGAAGGAACUUGUGAGGUACCAGAAUCCAAAUACAGUCCACUAGGUGGACCCAAACCCUUUGAGUGCCCUAGUAUUCAAAUUACAUCUAUUUCACCUAACUGUCAUCAAGGGAUUGAAGCCAAUGAAGAUGAAUUGCACACAAAUGGCACAGAAAAUGAGUACAUGGAAAGGCCUUCACGGGACCAUCUCUAUCUUCCUCUUGAGCCAUCAUAUAGGGAAUCAUCCCUUAGUCCAAGUCCUGCCAGCAGCAUUUCGUCCAGAAGCUGGUUUUCAGAUGCUUCCUCUUGUGAGUCCAUUUCCCAUGUUUAUGAUGACGUAGACUCAGAGCUAAAUGAAGCAGCUGCUCGAUUUACCCUUGGGUCUCCUUUGGCAUCUCCUGGUGGUUCUCCAAGAGGUCCCAGUGAUGAAUCGUGGCAGCAGCCUUAUGGAUUUGGGCAUACCUUGUCACCUAGACAGUCUCCCUGUCAUUCUCCUAGAACUAGUAUUACAGAUGAAAAUUGGCUAAGCCCUAGACCAACAUCAAGGCCCUCAUCAAGACCCACAUCCCCCUGUGGGAAACGGCGACACUCCAGUGCUGAGAUCUGUUAUGCUGGUUCUCUCUCACCUCACCAUUCUCCAACUCCAUCACCUGGCCAUUCUCCCAGAGGAAGCAUAACAGAAGACACGUGGCUAAACAAUUCCAUCCAUAAUGUACAAGGCCUUAAUUCUGGCCUUUCACCAUUUCAGUGUUGUACAGAGACUGAUAUUCCUCUAAAAACAAGAAAGACUUCAGAGGAUCAGACUGCCACCUUACCUGGAAAAAUAGAUAUCUGUCCUGAAGAACAGGGUAACUUAUCGUCGUCCCUUGAAACUGCAGUAGAAGACUGCUCUGGAUCUCAGCACACCUUGAAAAAAGAUUUGCCCGGAGACCAAUUUCUUUCUGUUCCUUCGCACUUUACUUGGAACAAACCAAAGCCUGGUCAUACUCCUAUAUUUCGCACAUCUUCAUUGCCACCCCUUGACUGGCCUUUACCAAGUCUUUAUGGACAGUGUGAACUCAAAAUAGAAGUCCAGCCUAAAACUCAUCACAGAGCUCACUAUGAAACAGAAGGAAGCAGAGGAGCAGUAAAAGCAUCUACUGGAGGACACCCUGUAGUGAAGGUAGGAUCUGGCUUUCUUGAAUAA